AUGGACACUACUGAUGACGGCCAGCCUUUUCCUGACAAUGCACCCUUUCGCCAUCCAACUGUCAUUGCACAUCUUUCUCUCAUGACUAUUUCCUUUCUCGCAUGUUAUCCAUUGGCUCUCAUACAAGGCGCACGCCGACACCGUCGAUACCACCUUUAUACCUUAGCGGGCGGCAUUCUCGUUGCUUUGGUCGGCUAUGUUGCUUCCUGGUCGUCGUCUUUUUCCUCACAACAGCCUUUACACACCGUUCUUUCUAUUCUCGGCUAUGUUCUCUUUGUUCUCGUCCUCGGUCAUAUUGGCUUAACAGUAUACAACUUUUAUUAUGGCGGUGAAAAGCAGCAGCAGCAGCUUGUCAACAACAACAAGGAAACGUGGUUGAUGCGACUCAUACUACCUCUUGAGGAAAGCGUUCACCUGAUCAUUGGUUGGAUCAUCGUGCUCACAGCCUAUGCAUACCUUGUUAUCGCCAUCACCGUUUUCACAGGCACUUGCUCAUCAUCCAUCGAGCAAUGUUUGAUGCCUUUGGCUAUGGGAAGCGGAUUUCUCGGAUAUGGCACUCUUGUUCUCUUGCAUCUCGUCAACGUAUUGAAUCUUCCACGUGCAUCAACACCUGAAUACUAUGAAGCCCUUGUUCUUACUUUGUGGGGAGUGAUUUGCCUCGUCAUGUCAGGCGUACCCGUGUUAGGAUCAGAAUGGCGAGCUAUCAAUAUCGGAUUGCUUUGGUUUACUGGUGGUUUAUUUUCGAUUGCUAUCAGCAUGCAAACUUGGAUGGUAGCUUUACGUGAAAGGAACAUUGUCAAUACGUUGAUCUUGUGCCUGACAGGACGAGCUGUGAUCGUCGGCCGUGCACAAGAUGAUACUUUCACAUCCGAAGUACAUGUCAUGCUUGGAUAUUUGCUCAUAACAGCUUCUGUAUUUCGAUUCAUCCAAAUCAUCUUCAGAAAGACACCAAUCGAUAAUCUACCACAACUACUAGCAUGUACAUCGGCUAUGGAUCAUGACGAUAUCAGUGAUGAGCAUGACGACGAUACCAGACGAGCAAAUGAUUAUCAAUCAGCUUAUCGACAACUCACUGGGCAACCUCCAGCAUGUAAACACACAUGGCUAUUUGCAUCCAUUACUAUUGUCUCUGGAAUGUUGACAGCUUUUCUCGCCAUCGCCUCUGGUAUCUUGUUUAUGGGUGCCAACGUUGAUUGGACUAGCCACAUGCGAUAUUACUUGAACGAUCCAUCAACGUACGUCAAUGCAAUCAUCGCUGUAGCUUUUCUAUGGGCAAGUUACAUUUUUGUUUUAUGCACCAUCUACAACAAUAUUCGCCCCAUGUCAUCGUCAUAUUACGAAUACCUUGGAUUGUCAACGAUUGAACCAAUGUCAACCGGUGCAACGUGUUCUUCUCCCACAUCAACGGUUGUCGAUGAUCAACACACAACAUCAGCUCAACAAUACGAAGAACAACGUUUCAACAAUCUUCAUCGAUCAAAGUCAUUGCCUGCAAGGCGAGGGAUUGAAGAACCACCUACAAUGCGACCUUCUCAAUAUCGUGCAAAGCGUCGUUCAUUGCUUUUGCAAUCACCACAACAGGAUUCUAAUGGCAAGAAACAACAACAACGUGCACGUUCAGCAUCUACAGUAAAUGGUGUGGGUGGUGUGUUACCUGAUGACUUGGAUACGGCUUACAUGUCACGUCGAUCUUGGUUAUCCAAUGGAUCAGCAACAUCCACUGGUACAAAUGGAUCAUUUGGUUCAGCGUCUAGUUCAGCUACUACUUCACCCCCUUUACCCAACUCUGCACCACCUAUGGACUUGACAACAACAACAACAGCAUCAUCAUCAUCACAUCCACAUCGCCGAACGGUUCUUUUUUCCGACGAGCCCGCCGGGAUGGCGGGCACCCAUGAUGAUGAACAUUAUAUUCGCAAAACGGAAAGCGGACGGCGGAAAGAACGAGUAAAGAAGCAAUUGGGUCAUGAUCCAACUACCACAGAUGUCGACGUCUCCUCUUCUGAAUCUCAAAAUUCAGUAGCCAAGUAUUACAGCAGCGAGCGUAACAGCAGUGACAGUAAUGUAUGUGAAUAG